UGCAUGUGAGCGGCGCUGACUGCAACCCGACGUAAACAAUAACAUUUAGUGCAUCGCGAAGAAUUCCGUCGCCGUUCCUCAAAUUUGGUUUUAUUCCAGAACAUGUGUAACGACGGACAGUCCUUGAAUAUCUGUGAUUUGAACGAAGACGUGCUGGAACACAUAUUCCAGUACCUGCACCUCCCUGACCUGGACCGAGCGGCUCGAGUUUGCCGUAAAUUCUAUUCCACCAUUAACUGCUAUGUGUUUGCGAAGCUUAGCGCCAAACUGCUCCUAACAGGCCACCAAAGGAAGUCUUCAAAUUCCUUCCGAUUGAGUCGAGAUGUAAUCGAUUUCAGCUAUCGGAAACGGAUGCAUUUGUUUGAAAAUUGGCGCUAUGGUCGGUACCGGGAGUCACAGUUGUUCCACCAUCGGACAAUCUACUUCUCGCAGGUGGUUCUGGAGAAGCGAUGGCUCUACAUGACCCACCGGGGCCAGUUGCGGGCUCACGAACGAGUGCCGAAGGAUUACAUGGUCAAGAAUAGGCCGAGUUGGGCGGUGGGCAGAGAGAAGGAUCCGGACAUAAGCUGGGUGGUUAAGCAAAGACAGGUUCUGUUUGGCGGACGAAUGGAUGGAACCUGUUUCGUGCAGGAUCAGGCCAAUCAGUGCUACAGCCAGCAACGGCUGGAAGAUGACGUGAUUACAGCGGUAGACUUUGAAGGGGACCUGUACAUCUGCUCCACCAAAUCGAGCUGCACAUCGUUCUGGAGAGGAACGGUCGAGUUUGGUGACCGGAGGUUGACGCUGAUGAGGCGCCUAGAUGAACCGUAUCAAACGGUAAAACUGUGUCCGGACGAAGGAAAGCUGCUUGCGGUGGGGAAGUAUCAUGACCGGAGUAAAGGAGCACUGAGGGUGAUCGAUGUCGAGAGUGGAACAACGUCCAAGCUGGACUCACCGUCAAAGGCCGUAUAUCAGCUCGUUUGGAGGGAUUCUAACACCAUUUUGACGGGGAACUUCGACACCACAAUGCGGAUGGUGGACAUCCGUACCGCUUGCGACGUAGCCAUCUGGACCGAUCCGUACGAUGCUUCCGUUUACUGUUUGGAGUAUGACGGCGCGUAUGCGGUUCUUUGCGGUAUGAAGCACAACUUUAGGGUCAAUCUAUACGACAUACGCGUUCCGAAACGGUGCGUUCAAAUGUACUUCCCAUCGAAUAAAUUUUCCCAAUACUCACCGGUGCACAGCUUGGCGGCCGAUUCUAGUCAAUUGUUCGUCGUGACGGACCACGAUUUGCGAAUACUGAAUUUCAAUGCCCACGGGACGGAAACGAAAGAUUACACCUGGGAUUUAAAUAAAUGGCUUUAUUGAAGAAACAA